AUGAAGGGCUUCACCCUCCUCUCUCUGGUCCUGCCGGCCUUGACUGUCCAGGCAGUCAGCCCGCCCCGCGGCACUGGCUUCCCUAAGACGAACGGCACCCGUCUUCUCUUGUUCAAUGAGACCGUGCCGAGUACUCGCCUCUCUCCCAGAUCUGUGUCCCUAGCCUGGGUUGCCGGCGAGACCGACGGCAGCUAUAUCUCCUCUGGUAGCGACGGGGCCCUUGUCAUUUCCAAUGCGGUGACGGGCGAGAAUUCAACCUUCGUAUCCGCUGAACAGGUGCCGGCCGAUAGCUAUGACUAUUGGAUCAGCAGUGACUCCAGCAGGGUCCUCUGGGCUACCAACUAUACGAAGCAGUAUCGUCAUUCGUACUUCGCCGACUACUUCAUCCUCGAUGUCCAAAGUGGCGAGCUCACGCCGCUCGUUGAGGACCAGGUCGGCGAAAUCCAGUACGCUGAGUGGAGUCCCACGGGUGAUCGGGUCGCUUUCGUCCGUGGCAACGACCUGUACAUCUGGACGGAUGGCGAGGUGACGAGAAUCACCAACGACGGAGGCCCGGACACGUUUAAUGCUGUGCCUGACUGGGUGUACGAGGAGGAGAUUCUGGGAGACCGCUAUUCUCUCUGGUGGAGCCCUGACGGGACCAAGAUCGCCUACCUGAGCUUCAACGAGACCGGAGUUGGCACCUUUACGGUGCCUUACUACGCUGCGAACACGGAGUAUGGACCAUCUUACCCGCGGGAGCUCCAAAUUCGGUAUCCCAAGGUUGGCACAAAGAACCCGACGGUUCUGUUCAACUUGCUAAAGGUCGACGAUUCGGCUGUCACGAACAUCCCCAUCGACGCCUUCGGUGCAGACGAUCUGAUCAUUGGUGAGGUCGCAUGGGUCACCGAAGACAGCUCGAAUGUCCUCUUCCGCGCCUACAAUCGCGUGCAAGACGCCGAGAAGGUCGUGAACGUGAACGCCCAGGAUGCCACGAGCUCUGUCGUCCGGGAGCGCACCGAGACCACGGGCUGGCUCGACAACAACAUCGCCAUUCAGUACAUCGGCGCCUUGGGCGGAAAUGGCAGUACCAAUGCCACGUACCCCACGGAUGCCAGCCACUACCUGGAUCUUUCGGAUGAGUCUGGCUGGGCGCACAUCUACCUCUUCCCGGUCAGCGGAGGAUCCCCGAUUCCUCUCACCUCGGGCGAAUGGGAGGUCCGCUCGAUCCUCAAGGUCGACAGCACCCGCGGUCUGGUGUACUACACUUCGACCGAGCGCCACUCGACCGAGUCGCACCUGUACGUGGUCAACUACCGCACCGGUGCCAAACGGGCCCUCGUGGACGACAGCGUUCCCGCCUACUGGUCAGCCUCCUUCUCAACUGGAGGGUCGUACUACCAGCUCUCCUACCAGGGCCCAGACGUCCCAUACCAGGAGCUGUACAGCAUCAACAGCACCACGCCCCUGCGCACACUCGAGGACAACGCAGCCUUCAUCACGCGCAUCAACGAGUACCGCCUCCCGGCGACCACAUGGCUCGAGCUCGACCACCCAGACGGCUCCCAGCUGAACGUCCUGCAGCGCCUGCCGGCCAACUACGACCCCGGCAAGAAGUACCCCGUGCUGUUCAACCCCUACGGAGGGCCCGGCGCGCAGAACGUCAACAAGGCGUGGAAGGCGCUCAACUACAACGCCUACGUCUCCUCGGACCCGGAGCUCGAGUACAUCCAGUGGGUCGUCGACAACCGCGGCACGGGCUACAAGGGCCGCGCCUUCCGCGCGCAGGUGACGGGCCGCCUGGGCGACCUCGAGGCGCAGGACCAGGUGUGGGCGGCGGGGCAGAUCGCCGAGCUGCUGCCCUCCGCCGACGCGGGCCACGUCGCCCACUGGGGCUGGUCGUACGGCGGGUACCUCACCUCCAAGGUCGUCGAGCUCGACAGCGGGGUCUUCUCGCUCGGGCUGGUCACGGCGCCGGUCACGGACUGGCGCUUCUACGACUCCAUGUAUACGGAGCGUUAUAUGAAGACGCCGGAGCUGAAUGGGGCUGGGUAUAACGCCUCUGCGGUGCGGAAGACGGAGGGGUUCAAGAACAUCGCUGGUGGCUUCCAGAUCACCCACGGCAUCGGCGACGAUAAUGUGCACUUUCAGAACACUGCUGUGUUGACCAACAACCUGAUGGGCCAGGGAGUCAGCCCGGAGAAGUUCGACUCGGUGGUCUUCAGCGACUCUGAUCACAAUAUUAGGUAUAAUGGCGAUGGAGUCUUCCUGUACAAGACGCUGACCAAGAGGCUCUGGGAAGAGAAAAAUCGUGUCCCGGGUCAAACCCCAGAGGUCCACCAAUGGAGCAGGAGGAAGGAGGGGGUGCUGUCUGAGGUCAAAUUCGAGGCGUAA